AUUCUGCCGCAACGCGGCAAGCGUUGAUUUCCGAAAUUGAAGUCCUAGAAAGGAAGGUCAAUAACUUGCGUGGUAAUAAUAUUCGCAUGGAAAACAAGCUGAGAGAAAAAAGAUGUAAGGUUGAAGCAGAGCUUUUAAAUUGCGUGGCUCGAUACGACGCUGAUAUUGGCGGUCGGCACACAGACUUAGAGAAUUUGGCCAGUGAAUUCGAGCUUCUCAGUUCUCAAAGGAAAAAUUUGGAGGAUGAUGUAAUGGUUGAUCUACGAAGACUGCACGAUGAUUUACAACGAGAAAAAGAAGAAACCUCACUCAAGAUACUGAAUGAGAGGAUAGACAUAUUCGUACGAAAUCGUGCAGCUAGAGUCAUUCAAAAAGCAUGGAGAGCGUACUGGGAACGACAUAGCACAAAAAAAAAGAAAAAGUCCAGGAAGAAAUAGACCGCUAAUUGUUAGUUAUAGAUAUCUUAUCGUCUCGAAGAUGGUGGUACAAAUAUUACUAAACUAAUGAGUUUUCUUCAUCGAUUCACGAAAAUUAACUCAAAUCUAGUAGCAUUGUAAUAAUUGAAAAGAACGGAUCGAGCUCAUCGGUUCACGUUACUUAGUAGAAUCAAAAAACGGAUCGAUGCGUUCUACCGAUAGUGGCUAGAUAAUUUACAAAAUAUACACAGCUGGCCGUAAUUUCAGGAUGCCGCGUAAUCGCCUAACUCUAUACAUCAGCAUCAGUAUUAGGAGAUAAGUGAAUACCGUGCGUAUUGAUCCUCCGUUGAAGGUUUCUCUCGUACCUAAACUAUAUUUAGAAAUUUUCAUCACCACUGAGCUUUAGUGAGAGGUGAAAGCUUUGAUCUAUAACAUAACUUUGAUCUAUAUAUGUUAAACUAUCCGCUAAGA